CCUAUAAGUUUCCCAUUUCCCCUAAGUUUGCAUUCUCUUCCCAGCUACGGCUUUCAACAAAAACCAGUAGAGAGAGAGAGAGAGAGAGAGAGAGAGGGACAACAGAUUUCGCAGGAGAAACCGGAGGAGACCUUUCUUUCUUGAGAUUCUCAUUCCAUUCUCCUUCCUCAUCCUCUAUUUUUCUCUCUCUCUUCACACCCUUACUUAAACAAUCCCCCCAUUUCUUCCUCUUCCCACAAUCACUUUUCACCAUGAUCUCCUUGAAUAGAACCACUUUCCUGACCCAGAUGGGUGUCUCUGGAGCUUGCUCCACUUCUUCCGGCACCGGAAGACGGCAUCCGGUGUCUCUGAAGGUGGUGUCGAUGGACUCGAAUGGCCGAGCCGGCGACCGAAGCGGCAGUGUUGUCGUGGAGAACAGCACUAUGAAUGAAAUUGCCAAGGCACCGUCGCCGGUGGUCGAGGUGGAACCCAAAUCUACCGCCAGCAGCUGGGCUCAGGAUGCGUAUGUUGAUGAUUCCGCCGCCGCCACGGAGGAGCAAAUCAUGACACCUUGGAGCGUUUCUGUUGCAAGUGGAUAUAACUUAUUGAGAGACCCACGCCACAACAAAGGGCUUGCUUUUACUGAGAAAGAAAGAGAUGCUCACUACUUGCGCGGUCUGCUACCCCCGGCGGUUGUUGCUCAGAAUAUUCAGGUAAAGAAGAUGUUACACAAUAUUCGUCAAUAUCAGGUGCCAUUGCAGAAGUACAUGGCUAUGAUGGAUCUUCAGGAGAGGAACGAAAAGCUGUUUUACAAUCUCCUUAUCAAUCAUGUAGAAGAAUUACUCCCAGUUGUGUAUACACCAACCGUGGGUGAAGCUUGCCAGAAAUAUGGAAGCAUCUUCAGGCAACCACAGGGUCUUUACAUCAGUUUGAAAGAAAAGGGGAGGAUCCUUGAGGUUUUGCGGAAUUGGCCUGAGAAGAACAUUCAAGUCAUUGUAGUAACUGAUGGGGAGAGAAUUUUGGGGCUAGGAGACCUUGGAUGUCAGGGGAUGGGUAUACCCGUUGGAAAACUCUCUUUAUAUACUGCACUCGGGGGUGUUUUUCCUUCAGCGUGCUUGCCUGUGACCAUUGAUGUCGGUACGAACAAUGAGGAGUUGUUGAAUGAUGAGUUUUACAUUGGACUCAGGCAAAAGAGAGCUACUGGGCAGGAAUAUGCGGAACUUAUAGAUGAAUUCAUGACUGCGGUCAAGCAGUGCUAUGGGGAGAAACUACUCAUUCAGUUUGAAGAUUUUGCAAACCACAAUGCAUUCGACUUGCUAGCAAAAUACGGUGCAACUCAUCUAGUCUUUAAUGAUGACAUUCAGGGGACAGCAUCCGUCGUCCUUGCUGGGCUCAUUGCAGCUUUAAAAUUCGUUGGCGGAUCCUUAGCUGACCAUAGGUUUUUGUUCCUUGGUGCUGGAGAAGCUGGUACUGGAAUUGCAGAACUCAUAGCCCUUGAGAUAUCAAAACAGACCAAUGCUCCCAUGGAAGAGACCCGCAAAAACAUUUGGCUCGUGGAUUCGAAGGGGCUCAUUGUAAGUUCUAGGAAGGAUACGCUCCAACAUUUCAAGAAACCUUGGGCUCAUGAACACAAACCUAUUAGUAAACUCAUAGAUGCCGUUAAGGAAAUCAAACCGACUGUCUUGAUUGGAACAUCAGGCGUUGGAAGAACGUUCACUAAAGAAGUCGUGGAGACUAUGGCCUCGAUCAAUGAGAAACCUAUCAUUCUCUCUCUUUCCAACCCUACUUCCCAAUCUGAAUGUACUGCCGAAGAAGCUUAUAAAUGGAGUCAGGGUCGUGCCAUUUUUGCAAGUGGGAGCCCAUUCGACCCAGUAAACUACAAGGGGAAGACGUUUGUGCCUGGCCAGGCAAACAAUGCGUACAUCUUUCCUGGAUUGGGUUUGGGGUUGAUUAUGUCAGGCACAAUCCGUGUUCAUGAUGACAUGCUUCUAGCAGCCUCGGAAGCCUUGGCUUCACAAGUGACCCAAGACGAUUACAACAAAGGACUCAUCUAUCCUCCAUUUACCAACAUCAGAAAGAUUUCAGCACAUAUUGCUGCUAGUGUGGCUGCAAAAGCUUAUGAACUUGGUCUGGCCACUCGCCACCCUCAACCUAAAGAUCUGGUGAAAUAUGCUGAGAGCUGUAUGUACAGUCCUAGCUAUCAAAAUUAUCGGUAGAUUGCGAUGUCUCUCGUAGCUGUGCCGUGUUGUGUCGUUCGUUUAUUUUCUGAUAAUGUAUCUUCAAUUUGUAUUACUUUCUUUUGUUAUGUAAGUUACUUGGUUGUUUAGAAAUCAGUUUAUAGUUUGUAUUAGUUGUGAGAAAAAGAAAAAGAAAGAAGAAAAGAAGAAAAGGGAAGGGGAAAAAAGAACUCUUACAAGUGUUUCAUGAAAUUGAAUGGAAACUUGUGCUCAAAAUCUCAAGUAGAUUCAUGGUUUAUUGUUGGA